CAAAGGUCCUCUCAGACUCUACAAGUUAAUGAGGGAUGUAGCAGAGACCCUGAAGCCUUCAGACCCCAGCAGAUACAGAACACACAGACAGACGGACUAACAGAAAAGAAAGAAAAAAAACCCGAGGACAACACUGAGUUUGAAAUGACGUGGCGUGAGCUUCGAAGUCGUCAGUUCUGGCGUUCCAUACUGGCAGAGCUGCUUGGCACCAUGGUGUUGGUGAGCGCUGUGUUGGGUGCAUCUGUGCCAGGCCCUGGAGAGGCCCCCGGGGGACCCCUGUACCCAGCAGUGGCAGUGGGUGUAGUGAUUGUUUCACUGGCCCACUGUUUUGGAGAGAUUAGUGGGGCACAGGUGAACCCUGCUGUGACUCUGGCUCUGCUGGCCACACGGAGGCUAGAGGUCCUCAGGGCCCUUGUUUAUAUCGUUGCACAGUGUUUGGGGGCUUCUUUAGGGGCCGGGGCCCUCUACCUGGCCCUGCCGCUCAAAACCACUGCAGACUACUUUGUCAACAAGGUGCCAAUAGAGUUGUAUGCAGCCCAGGCUCUGGGCAUAGAGGUUUUGUGCACCUUCCAGAUGGUCUUCACUGUGUUCUCAGUGGAGGACCAGCGGCGGAGGGAGAGCCCAGAACCAGGAAAUCUGGCCAUUGGAUUAGCACACUCUGCUGGAGUGCUAAUAGGGGCGCGGUUCUCUGGUGCAAGUAUGAACCCUGCACGUUCUCUGGGUCCAGCCAUCAUCACUGGCUUCUGGGAAAACCACUGGGUGUACUGGAUGGGACCGGUGAUCGGUGCUAUACUGGCCGGUGUGUGCCACGAGUUCUUCUUUGCACGCAGCGCCUCUCGCCAGAAGCUGGUGGCAUGUCUGACCUGUAAGGACAUCGAGAUCGUGGAGACGGCCAGCAUGACCGGAUCAUCGCUGUCCACGGUCACACAGAACGCCAUGAGAGCCAAGCAGGCCAACAAACAAGAGAACAGAGGAGAGAACUGAGGAGACAUGCAUGAAAACAGAGAAAUACACAAAACACACAUUCUGCAAUAAUGCAGUGAUGUUUAUGAAGAUGCAUAGUGUACAGUUAAUGUCACAAUCAUGUAGAUCAGGCUCGACUGGUGGCAGCCAAAGAGGGGGAGAAGCUAUACAUAAGCUUA